UCGAAAAAAUUUCCAAAAACAAAUCACAAAAUAUGUUUCGAUUUUUUCAAAAAAAUGGUUCCUAACUUUAGCGGCGUACGUUCCCUUUAAGUUUACGUUCCAGAAUUUCUUCCUUGUUCUGGAACGUUAUUAAAGUAUUGAGUUUAUGGUAUUUGCUUCAGCAUUUGACGGCUGGAAUAAAAUCGUUAAUUGUUUUCUGCCAGUGUUCUCUGUAGUCUACGGUGAUCUUCUGGCUGUUCUAAGUGUUCUUGCUGUUUCGUUUAGCUGACGUUUAACUGAAACGUUUUUUCUUGAUCUGUGAAAAUGUUUCAAGACAUUAUCGCACCAGUUGACCAGAACAAAUUUGACAUCGAGCUAGCUCUGGAGAAGCACAAAGGAGUUAAGCCAACCCCGUUUUCUGGUCUGGAUAAGUCACUUUCUCCUGUGUGCGAGUUUUUUGUGGAAAGCACAUGCCCGAAAGGAUCGUUUUGUCCGUAUCGCCAUGUUCGCGGUGACAAGACAGUCGUAUGUAAGCACUGGCUUCGCGGACUGUGCAAGAAGGGAGAUAGUUGCGAAUUCCUCCACGAGUUCGACAUGUCCAAAAUGCCAGAGUGUUAUUUUUUCUCCAAAUUCAAUUCCUGUAGUAAUAAGGAUUGUCCAUUUCUCCAUAUCAAUCCUCAAGAUAAAGUUAAAGACUGUGCUUGGUAUACCCGGGGAUUUUGUCGCCACGGUGAAAAAUGUAAGAAUCGUCAUAUAAAAAGGAAAUUGUGUCGCCUUUAUCUUUUCGGAUUUUGUCCCAAUGGGCCCAAUUGCAAAUCUGCUCAUCCUCGUUUUGAAAUCCCCUUGCUGGACGAUAAAGUGAUCCAGAGACGGCAGAGUAUAAUCUGCCGGAAUUGUGGUGAGCCAGGUCACAAAGCAGCAGCCUGUUCCAAACAACCCGGGAUGCCCCCGUCCAAACCACCGCACAUGCAAGGAGAAAACCGACCGCCACAACAUCUUUCCUCUGUUGUACGACCUGUUGCCAACUUUAUCGCUCCUCCUCGGUCGGACAGACCGGAGCACCGGGGUCCGCGAUCGAUUGAAGAUAUGACAUGUUACAAGUGCGGAAUGAAGGGGCACUUGGCUAACCGAUGUCCACAGAAUAUGGGCACUGGCGGACCUCGAUAUUGACCAUAUUAGCUAUGAAUAUAAAUUUGCCGAUGUUCUAGCGAAAGUUGUAAAUGUUCGCGACUAUAACGCCACACAUUUCUCUUUAAUCAGUUUUGCAGUUUUCUAAAACAUGUUGCUCUCGAAAGCGUUAAACGUACCUGGCUGUAUAAUUCCAGGAUAACGAUAAUUUAUAAAAAUCCGCCAGAGCUGUAAAUAAAGGAUUACGAAGCGAUGA